UGAGAGGGGAAAAAAUAAUAUUAUCCUCUAUAUAUAUAUAAGAAAAAAAACUUGUGACCAAGAUGCCAACAUCAAGCAAGCCAACACAUAACAUAAAACACUUGGGGGCUUUGGCUUCUUCUUUACGCGCUUUAUUUCUUUUCUCUUGUGUGCUUUGCUGUCAGUUACUCACUGUUAUUCACUGUGUUCACUUCUUCAUCUAUUGUUUAUAUAUUUAAUAGUUUAUUUAUCAUUUUAAAUAACAAUGAUUAUCAAAUAUUAGAUUGUAAUUAGUGAUGUGUGUUAUUCAAUUUCGAAACAUAUAUUAUGGAUAAUUAUUAGGGAUCAAAAUAAGAGUGAGGAAUAACAAUGGCACUUGACAAUCCAUCGUAUUUUACACUUUCGGGUGGUACAGUACCCCCGUCUGGUCUGUCAAAUGAUAAAUCAACACUAUCAAAAAAUAAUAAUACCAAUAUCAUAAAUACCGGAUCAUUAUCACGUGGUUUUGCUGCAUUAUUUCUUAAAAAAUCAAUAAUGAAUAAUAAUAAUAACAAAAUAUUAAUAACAAGUGAAAAUAAAAGUGAUAAUUUAGUUGAAAAUAAAUUUCAUAAUAAUGAACCAAAAAGAAAUUUACGUAGUUUAUUUCGUUCAAUAAGUGCAAAUGCUGAUAAUGAAACACUUCAAAUAUUAAAAGGUGAACCAAGACCAUCAGAUGUUGCACCUCCAUCACCAUAUUUGCCUCAUCGUUCUCAUUCACAUUCAGAUCAUGACAGACGUCGUCCAAAUAGACGUAAAAUUCUCAAAUCAGCCAGUGAAUUAUUAUCAAAUGAUAUGAUUUUUUGUGGACUACCUGGUGAAGAGGAAGCAUCAUCUCGUCUUCAUGAUAAUAACAAUAAUAAUAAUCAUAAUAAUGAUGAUGAAGAACAAGAUACUGGUGAAGUUUUUUUGGGUAUUGAUGAUGCAAGGUAUUAUAAUUUAUCAGCAACAUUACCAGCACCUGGUCCUUCUGGAUCUAGAAGACACUCAAUUGGUACAUUUCGUGAUAAGGAACAAAACUUGGCUUUUAGAAGAAAACGCAUUAUACAAACUGAGGGAUUUAUCAAAGAACCAGAUGGCUUUGCACCACCAAUACCUACUGAUCAAGUUGAUGGUAUUAUUCAUGAUAAUACUGUGCAUGAAAGAAAACACAAGUGUGUCUCUAGAAAAGGUUUACGAACACGAGGUAUAACAGCCAAGCCUGAUGGAACAAAUAUGAUUGAAGACAGAGACGAUGUGGUAUUCAUAUCCAGUAAAGUUAGUGAAGCAUCAACGCUCUGGGUCAACUACCUCACUGCUUGCUUUGAACAGAUCAGUCGACAGCAAGGGCGGCCUCCUUUCAAAGUUAGACAUGUUACUGUUGAAGAUUCAACAUCACCAAUAAUAAAUGAACGUAUAUUAAAAUCACGUUUACAAAUAAUAAUAGUAUGUCCAGUAUUAUUAGAAUGUGCAACAAGAAGAUCAGAACAAGCAUCAUCAUUGGCAAAACAAUUAUCACCAAAUCGUGUAUUAGCAAUGAUGCUUGGUGUUCAUGAUGGACAUUUAAAUGAUAAUCAAAAAUCAGUAUUUAUAACAUAUGAUAAAUGGCGUAAAUUUUUUGUAAAAGAUCAAGAUGAAACAUUUGUUGGUGAAUUUCUUGGUGCUGCUGUAUCAAUAUUAGGUACAACAACAUCAUCAUCAUUAAAAAAUGAUAAAACAACAUUUACUGUACAUCCAAAAAAAGUAAAAAUUGGUAAUAAUAGAGUUAUUGUUAUAAUGAAUGAUCCAUUAAAACCAGAAGAUAUGGUUAGUGUUAUUGUUGAUAGAUGUGGUGAAGUUAUUGAUAUAAGUCAAGUUAAAAAAAGAAAUCCUUAUACAUUACAAUUUGCAAUACCAGAUAGAUGUCUUGAGGUAUCAAUGCUUAUUGGUGUACGUAUUAUUGUUAAUGGUAUUGGACAAGGUGUUAGACAAGUUAAAUGUGAAAGUAGAUUACGUGAAUUAGAUCAAAUAUUAAGAGCAAAUGAUAAUCCAUUUGAAUUUAUGUGUCAAACAUUUGGAUUUCAUUCAGGUGAUCGUGAACAAUUUGAUAAUUGGAUUGUUCAUUCAUUUCAAAAAAAUUUACCACCAAAAUUUGAUUUAUUAUCAACACCAAAUGGUACUGUUCCAUUACAAAAAAAUACAACAAGUUCUGAUGAAUAUCCAACAUUAUUACAUUUUGCUGCACGUUUUGGUCUUGAAAAACUUGCAUGGCAAUUAUUAGAAUGUCCAGGUGGUGAUAUUGCUUGUGAUAUUAAAAAUGUUGCUGAAUUAACACCAGCUGAUAUUGCUGAAAAUUCUGGACAUACUAAACUUGCUCAUCAAUUACGUGGUUAUAUGCAAAUGAAUGAAUUUACAAAUAUGUAUAGUUAUCUAAAAGUUAUCAGUGAAAAUUCAAACAUUGAGUCAAACAAUGAAAGUUCACCUCCAGUAAUUAAUUCAAAUAGCCAAGCUGAGACUGAAGUUGAUAGAGAAGAUUAUUGUCAACCACGACCAAUAAGUGAAGCAUAUUUAGUGCCACCAGCAGCACGUCCAAUUACAUCACCAAUAACAGCAUCAUCAUCAAAUUUAUCAUCAUCUUCUAUGUGUUCAAAUAAUUUUAUGGGUGAUAUGAAUUAUUCAAUUGUACCACCACCAACACCUGUUUUAUCUUCAUCUGUUUGUACACCAAUAAAUCUUGAUGCAAAUUGUCUCAACUCACCUUUACAAGGUUACUUGAAAAUGAAUCCAGCAGGACCAAAAAUUCCAGUUGUUACUGCUCCACUUAUGGCAUUAAAAAAUUCACGAAAAGAUUUAUCAAUGAGUCGUGAUGAUAAUUCAAUGACAAAUUCAAGAAAUACAAAUUCAAGUAAUUCAUCAUCAAGUCAAGGAAGAAAAUCACGUGAAUUAUCUGGACCACAAGAUGAAUUAUUAGAAAUAAUAAAUGAUUUUAAAAAUAAUGUAUUUACAAUAUCAGAAGUUGAAAGACUUGUUGAAACAUGGAAAAAUCGUAAUGAUGUACAACAAAAUUUUAAAGAUAAACAAAGACAAUUAACAACAAUGAGAGAUGAAUAUGAUCGUAUACAAAAAAAAAUGAAAGAUGAAAUGAAAACAACAACACCAUUUGAUAGAAUUAAAAAAUUUUUCUCAAAAGGAAAAAAAGAUUCAUCAAAAGAUUCUAGUAAUAAUGAGGAAAAUGAUGGAGCAUCAAUUGCCAGUGAGGCUACAGAUAAAACACCAAGUGGUGGAAGUGAUAGAAGGCCAAUCAGUAGUUUAAGUCUUCACAGUGUCUCAAGCUCAUCGUCAUCUGGAAGAAUGAGUAUAAUAAGCGGUUGCAGUGGUACAAGUCUUGGUGAUAGUGGUACACAUUCAGAUACUGAAGAUCGUCGUCUUAGAAAUUCAAGAGAAGACAAAAAUGCAAUGAUGAAUUAUGAAAUUCCACCUGCACCAAAACCAUUUACUGGUAAAUAUUCACCAAUGCGUCAUGCACCACCAUCAACAACAAGAUCAUUUGAUACUGAUAAUAAUAAUCGUCGUGUUAAUGUUCAAAAUGAUGAUUUUUACAUUGCUUUUCCAGUAUCAGGACUACCAAUUCAUUCUUAUAAUCCAGAUGGUAGUAUCAUUGAACCAAAGACACCAUUUACACCUUGUGAUACAUCACCACAAUUUUUAAUGUCAAAUAAAAUUUUAGAAGAAGAAGUAGCAUCAUCUGGUGAAAUAAUAAAUAAUUCAUCACUUGAAUAUAUUAAUGUAACUGCCAGUACGUUAAUUGAUGAAAAAAAAAACGAUACGGAGAAUUUAAAAAUUGAUAAAAAUUCAAGUAAUGUGGUAGAGACAGUGAGUGAAAAAGAAAAACAAUUUACCAAGGACAUUGCUGAUGAAGAAGUUAAUACUAUUGAAGAUAAAAUAUUGACUCUGUCUGAGACGACAACUCAAGUAUCUUGUUUGCAGUCAAAACACGUGUCAAAUUCGAUGGGUCUAGAUGUUGUUGAUGCACCUAUGCCAGAUUACAUGAAUAUACAACCAAUUGAACAAGAACCCAAGGUUGUUGGGACUAUUCCAAAAAAAAUUCCACCUCAAGUUCCACCUCGUGCUUCGACAAAAAAAUAAAUAACCAUGUGUUUUAUCUUGGAAAACUUUGAGUGUGGAUAUUUAUAAAUAAUAAUAAACAUGUAUGCAUGUAUUACCUCAUGUAUUUCGAGGAAUUAAUCAGCAUAAUACAUACCAUUGUCAUACCAAAUAUAUACAAAAAUAAAAUGAAAUAAAAAUCUUACAACAGUCAAGGUUAAAUUAUCAUUUUAAAUAAUAAAUAACUAUAAAUUUAUGUUAAAUUGUAUUUUUUAAAAUAACGUUUUUUUAUAUAUAUUUAUAUAUUUAAUUAAUAUUGUAUAUCACAAUUAUAAAUCAUAUAGUUUAUUGUAUAUCUAUUUGUAUUUUUUUAUACUUAUAAAUGAAAAAUAAAAAAUUAUUAUAUAUCGA